UAAAUAAAUAAAUAAAUAAAAUAAUAAUCAUUAAAUUAAUCCUCUCUAGCACCUCCUCCUCCUUCUUCUUCUUUUAAUUUUCAUCUCGCCGGAAAAACCCACCGGCGAAUUCAAUGGAGGAGGAAUCUCAUCUUCCGCUCCUUUCCGGCCGACCAACUAACGGCGCCGUUACCGACGGCGUCCACCGUUCAUCUUCCUACGGAAUAUUGGCGGCGUUGGGAAUGAUGGUGGUGCAGACGGCGAUCAGUGUGCUGAAUAUAAACUACAAAUUGGCUGCCAACGAUGGCAUGUCCUUACCCUUGAUUAUAGCCUACCGGUUUAUUUUCGGUUCGGCUGUCAGUGUCCCUAUGGCACUGCUUAUGGAGAGGAACAGUUGUUCGAAAUUGUCACUGAAGAUUGUGUUCUACGGAUUUGCCGGUGGAAUGUUUGGGGGAGCAUUGGGACAAUCUUUUGUCUUACAUGGUAUUUCGAUGGCGUCGGCGACCGUGGCGUCAGCCAUGGCCAAUCUUGGUCCAGCCAUCACAUUUAUUUUGGCCAUUUGUUUCAGAUUAGAGAGGCUACGGUUGGACACACUCGAAGGGAAAGUAAAGGUUUUAGGUGCCGCAGUGAGUAUAAGUGGAGCGAUAUUGAUCGCCUUAUACGAAGGGCCUCCUUUGAAACUCGGACAUCAUCGAACUAAUUUCUUACAGGCGAAUCAUGACCUAUUUUACGGCACUCUCCUCACCUUUCUCAAUACGGUUUGCUAUUCAUUGUUCUUGAUUAUUCAGGCUAAAGCUGCCGCAGAGUUUCCUUUUCCAUACUCUAUCACCGCGAUGAUGACAAUUUCGGCCGCAAUCCAAGGAGUUGCAUACGCCUUGUGCGUGGAGAAGGAUUGGAAUGAAUGGAAAUUGGGAUGGAAUAUCAGAUUAUUCGCCGUAUCUGUUAAUGGCAUUAUAACAUCCGGAUUGUCGUUCCCAUUGAUAGCAUGGUGUAUCCGUAGAAGUGGACCGAUUUUUGUAUCGGCGUUCACUCCUCUAUGCCUUAUCUUGACGGCCAUCGGAGAUUACCUAUUUCUUCACCAGGGACCACACCUUGGGAUGCUUUUGGGAUGCAUUAUUAUUGGGGGUGGAUUGUACGUGGUUUUAUGGGCGAAAGCAAAAGAGUUGAAGAAAAAUAAAGAUAACUCAUCAUGGGAAGAAAAUGCGGAAUCAGCUCUACUUUCAGGUUGAUUGUAUCCGAUUGUGGAUAAUCUUGCGUGUUACGAUCAUCAUAUACUUAAUUCAAACUUCGAAUUUUAUUUUUUUGGUAUUAUUUUGAAAUUGGUGAGGAUUUGGAUAGUAAAACUAGCUAUUAAUGAUUUUGGAAUUUUGGUUUUGCAUGCAUAUCGGUAAAUGAUAAUGAAACUAAAUUUUGCUUUUUGUGUCACUCUAUAUCGUUUUGU